GUGUUGGUGAGUGCAUGGCCUCGACGUCGAUCCAGUUCUAAGAUUUUUAUUCCGCAACGCCGCAGUUCCUUUGCAUAUGUAAUAUUUACCAAGAUAUUAUUCGUAAUGGUGUUCUGUAAAAGGCCAUGGAUUUGAUGAAAACGAAUUUGUGUGCACGUGGGAGGAAUAUGAGUUCCUAGACUUAUCAGAUGUGAAAGAAGCGGAACUAAGCAGUUUGCAGUGUGCACUCUUCGAGAAAAAACCUGAAACUGCAUCCACCAUCGCAACCGUCGGUUGGACUGACCCUGCUGUAGAUAUUUCGUCUUGUUCAUCGAGCACGGCGGGACCACCGACCGUGUCGAGCAGUCUGGACAGCCUGUCGGGCGGCGAGUGCGAGAUGGCGCCCCACUCGCCGCAGCGGAGCGCGGGAGGGCCGCCACACGCGCCGCCGCCAUACGUGCAGCCGCCUGCAUACCCGCCCCCUCCGCCUCAUCAGUGGCCGGUCGGCCCCCCUAAUGUAUACGUGAGCCAAGUCACAGCUAACGUCAAUGUACAUGGUUACAUGGGUCAGUACUAUCAGCCACCGCAACCGCAGUACGUCCCCCCACCGCCACAACAAGUGGAACGAAAUUCCAGAAAUCACAGAAGAGAACGUCGUAACAAACGAGCCCCUUCACCUCCUCCACCGCAACCGCCUCCAUAUUAUGUACCAUAUUCACAGUACUACCCGGCAGCCCAAGCUCAAGGAGCGCCAUUAUACCAUCUGCCGAUGUAUCAGCCUCUAGUGUAUGGACCAUAUGCAUAUCCACCAUACUAUCAAGAAUAUCCGAUACCUGUUGAAGGAGAUGCAGGUGACAAAGGACCAGAUGAAUAUCAGCAAGAAGUUGUUAUGGAACAAGAAGCAGUAGACGCGUACUACGCAAGCGCACACUAUGCGGCCCCACCAUAUGGUCCACCAGUUGAAGGCGCUGUAGAAUACAUGCCUCCUAUGUAUUUACCGCCACCACACCACCCGGCGCCUAUGCCUAUUCCGCAGCAACCACCCCAUCAAUCUACACCACAUCAGUUCAAUGUGCAUGCUAAAAACUUUGUUUUGGGACAGAACCACAAUAAAAAUUUUACACCUGAUAAACAAAAUCAGGAACAAAAACCACCUACAACACCUACAACAGCUACAGUUACAAGCAAUGUUGAAGCACUUCCUAUUAAAGAUCUUAAAAUCAGUAAGGGACCGAGUAGUCCAAAACAAGAGCGUCCACCUGAGGUCGUAGCACCAAAACCUACUCCUCCGAUCGAAAAAACAUCACCGACGCUUAAGACAGAUCCUACUAAGCCUGCAUGGACACCUGAAAAUAAACCACAAGAAACUAAUCAAGCUCAAAAUACAACAAAAACAUUCCCACAAACAACUGCUAUAAAUGCAAAUACUCAAACAGCAAGUGCAAAAGUACCUCCGGUGCCUGGAAAGGCACUUAAAGGACCUACUGCACCUUUUUCUACGGGCAAUAAGCAACCCCCCAAACCUACUGUUCCCACCGCUGUUCCAGUACAACAAUCAGCCUCUACACCAAAAGCUCCUUUCGGCAACAGACAGAAGCGUGAAGGUAAUACGAAUCGCUCUCCAUCUACUGAAAAUGCAGAAAUUGAAAAAACAGUUCCGAUUGAACACCCUAAACGAGAGCCACCAUUGCCACCUAGUAAGGCUCCCAUGCCAAUAUCGAUUACUCUUCACGCUCAAGGGCCACCAGUGAUAGUAACCAACAAAUCGCCAUUUGCCCAUUCGAGAAAAGCAGCUGCAGUGCCAGAACCUCCUCCAGCGCCACAAUUGCCGCCGCCGGCUCCUACAGCGUCUGAUUUUCCUCCUCCCCCUACACCUAGAAAUAGAGGAGAACCAAUUCCCCCACCAGUUGUGCAACCACAACCCCAGCCGGCUCCUGGAAAAUCUUGGGCAAGCCUUUUUUCUAACAAAAAUAGCAGUAUAACAAGUACAACUUCUCCUUCGACAGUUCCACUUGAGGAACCGUCCAGUCCUACAACUUUGACACCACCGGCAGCUACUAAUGUCCAAAAACCAGUAGCCAAAGUACCUCCAUAUGAUGCAUCUCCAUUGAUGACUUCUGUAGUAGAUAAAGCCAUACCAACUGUACGACCAACAACUACAGCUGCGCCUACUAUAUCUUAUUCUGAGAAAACAUCAGUAAACGCCGUGAGCAAUGUGAACGCACCAACCACGGCAACAAAGCCAGCUACCACACCAACAUCAACCGAUGUCCGAGAAGUGCCUAUUCAAAAAGAAAGUUCACCGACAGUACCAGUUCAACCGUCGCCAUUCAGUGAUGAUCCUAAUUCAUACAGAAUGGGAGAAUUUUUGUCAAAAUAUCAGUUGGAAAAUCGUCCCGUUUCGCUCCUGCCUCGCGGUUUGACCAAUCGUUCCAAUUACUGUUAUGUGAAUGCGAUUCUACAGGCGUUGAUUGCCUGUCCUCCCUUCUACAACAUGCUAAAAGCACUUCCAUAUCAGACACGUCGUGGGAAAUCAAGCACACCCGUAAUUGAUUCAAUGGUAGAGCUGUGCUAUGAAUUCAGUCCGCUGGCUAGCGCCGCUCGACGCGGGCGAGGUGAAGCCGGGCCGUCCGGAGCCGGAGCUCCUGCAGUACCCGCUGGACCUCCUCUGGACGGAUCAGCAGGGCUUCGUGUGCUAAGGGCUCUGCGUCCCUUCCCUGGCUCCCAAGAAGGCCGACAAGAGGACGCAGAGGAAUUCCUUGGGUGCUUGCUCAACUCGCUAAAUGAUGAAAUGCUUGAGCUUAUUAAACUAGUAGAGCCGGAAGAACCAAAAGACAGCAAUGGAAGACAGAAUGGUGUUGUCGCUCAAGAACAACCUGCCGAAGAGGAAGACGAUGAUGAUGAAUGGAAGGUAAUGGGCCCGCGCAACCGCGGCGCGGUGGAGCGGCGCUGGGCCGCGCGCCGCACGCCCGUGGCGGACAUCUUCCGCGGCCGCACGCGCCUGCGGCUGCACCGCGCUCCUCACCACGACGUCACUGAUGCCGUGCAGCCUUUCUUCACAUUGCAACUCGAUAUUGAGCGUUCCAACACCGUUAAAGAUGCAUUAGAACUCUUAGCGGGCAAGGACACUCUAGAAGGUGUCUCUGAUGCCUGGCAGCAGCUUUCUUUAGAACAACUGCCAGUGGUGUUGCUGCUGCACCUUAAGUGCUUCCAACUGGAUGCUGAAGGUCACACAGCAAAAAUUGUCAAGAAUAUUGACUUCCCUAUUGAUCUUAAGAUUGAUCCCAAAAUAAUGUCUUCUAAGCAUACAACUAAGCAACGUCUCUACAAGCUAUUUGCAGUUGUAUAUCAUGAAGGAGUAGAGGCAGUUAAGGGACAUUAUCUUACAGACACUUUCCACGGGCAAGCUGGUUGGAUAAGGUAUGAUGACUCAACUGUGACACAAGUGACAGAUUCUCAGGUGUUAAAACCAAAGCCUCCACGAAUGCCGUACCUUCUGAUGUACCGUCGUCACGACACACUUGUUCCACAUCGUCCCCCCGGCAAACCAGAGUAAGGUAUUGGAGGCCUAAAUAUAUCAGACAAUAUUACAUUAGUGUUAUUGUGAAGUGAUUUCAUGUGAGCCGGUGUAUAUAAUAAGUUAACUGUGCCUGUCUAAGACUUGUUACUGCACAACGAAUUCACUGUAUUUAAUGUAAGUACAUUUAAAAUUGAUUUGAAAGAAUAAUUAGUUUGCAUUUUAUUUUGUGGCACAAAUAUUUCAUGAUUUUUGUUAUUUUUUUCACUGAAAGUAACUGUCUUUGCCUUUUUUAAGUUGUGUAUAUUUUUUUUUUUUAAGAAACUGUUAAUCUUAUUUAAAUUUAGUGUAAAUAAGACAAGCUGUAAAUAAACGUUUUGUAUAGAGUGCAAAAUAGAGAUAUUUUGUUUCAUCAAUGCAUAUAUUUCAUCACAAAAUAUAUUCGAUAAAAUUAUAUCUUGCGAGUCAUAUAAUAUUAGGAAAAAUUACAUGUAUGUAAAUAUUGUCCAUGUAUAUUACUCGAGUGGAGAUUGUUUGAGUUACCGAUUGUCAUUAUCGGCUGUAAUUGUGAAAAAUGUGAAACAUUCUAAAAGUUUUUUAUUUCUAAAAUGUACAUAAGAUUUGUAAAUUAAUAAUUCUAUAGAAUAUAUUUCAUGUUGAUAUGUUUAUCCAACUCCUUUUUUAGAUGUAAGGUUUUGACAAUAUGGAAUUGUGUUAUAAAUUUUUAAAAAUAUAAAAAAAAAUGAAUGGUAAUGUAAAACUUCAUACAUGGUUCUGUAUUGAUCAUCAUUCUUUCAAUCAUGCAUCAACUAUUCAAUAUUGAUGUAAAGUACAAAGAUUGAAUAUUGUUGUGAUAGUAGAAAGGAGGUGCACUUUUUGCUUUUAUUCAACUAUUUGCAUAUCUUUUAUAUUUUGCAUUAUAUUGUACUAAAAUUAUAACUAUAUUUUUCUGUGCUGCCAAUGCAUGCUAAUUUUAUGUCGAUGAGUGUAAAUAAAAACAAAUUGUGCAUUCUACACCAGAUUGCAUUUUAAAGGAUAUGCGAAUGUAUGAACUAUGGAACAACUCGACUUAAAGAUUUCGUCCUAGAUUAAUUAAAAUAUGUAAGGGUUUGAGUGGAUUGUUCAAUGUUAGAGUUUACGGAAACGGUGCUUCGACGGACUGAGAGUAAGGCAGUGAGUGAUGUGCCCUUGGUAUUGUGAUAUGGAAUGUGAAAGGACGAUUACUACAGAUUGUUUAGUCGUAAAAAUUGUUAUAUUGUAAGUGUUAAAUUUAAAUAGAAUAUAUGUUAUCUCGCCGUUGGCCUCUGUGGACGUCUGUUUUUAAUAUUAUUCAAAAUCAACUUGUGAUCUAUCAUUUCUGUUGGUAAAGAAAUUUUUGUAUUGUGUAUGAAUGCGUAAUUUUCUGUUGGGGUGUAUGGAAAUUUUACAAGUAUUUAACAAUAUAAUUUUGUUUUAUAUGUGACUAGUUUGGAGCGUAGCUGCAUUUUAGAUCAAGAAUCAACAAUGUAUUGAUUACGAUCUGUUGCGAUCGCUGAUCUCAAAUAAAUGUUGUUGGAAUCACAUGUUUAAUGUGUAUGUAACUUUACUCACUAGAAAUUGAAGGCAAUAUAUCAAGGCCUUAAAAAAAAUAUUUUGCUAGAAUCAAAUUAAUAAUAAUUAAAGUUUUGAGUUUGCUACUAAAUAGAGCUUUUUACUUAAGUGUUAAAAAAAUGAUCUAAAACACAAUUUGGUUCCAGUCCAAUUGUAAUAAAAAAUAUUUAGUCUUAAACUUAGUCAAUUUAACUACUAUCAUAAUGAAGAUUGAUAUAGGUUUAGUUUGAUAAUUUUCUGGUACAGAGUUAUAUAUGACUAACGUUCUAAGCUUUUAUAUGUAUAACUUGGUUGUUGUUAUUCGUUUAUUUGGAGUUUGGGUAGCUCAUAGUAUAUAGUUAGUGAUGUAAUGGCAUUAUUAUUAAAUAUAUAAACACACACCAUUACAUAUGAUUAGUUUUUUGAGUAAAAACUGAGCCAAAAGUAUAAAUACAAUUUACUUUAACUUAAGCAUUAAAUGUGUGAUUUAUUGAAAUGAGUCUAUGAUCAAUUAAUAUAUUUGAUAAUUGAACUGCCUUAGAAAAAUAAUUAUAAAUUAAUUUAUCUCUAAUGGCAGUUGUACUUUAGUAUGAUUUUGGCUCAUAUUCUUUAAAUACCAGAAUAUCAAAUAACCAAAUAGCUCUCUGGUAGAGCUGACAUAAAUUUUAAAUUACAGAUCAUAUUGUAAUAUGUAUGUUAUUUGCACAAAUCGAUUUUAAGUUAAAUGUUCCUUGCGAUGACGCUGAAUUAUUUGCAUGUAUUAAAAAAAAAAAGUGAAGUGGAGCAUACACCAAAAAUGAAAUUAUCUGCUGUCUCGAGUUGUGAUAUUUGAUUAAACAAUGCAAUUCCUGUACUUCUUGAAUGCAGAAGUAUAAUAUCAAUUUCAUUAAAAGAUUGUAAAAAUGUAAAUUCGACAUACCAUAUUAUGGUAUAAUGAAUAUUGUAAAGAUUAGUUGUUUUGCUCGAGUAAAACAGACUAAGAAUGAAUGCAGAAUAUAUUUAUAUAUAUUUGUAAAUAAUGAGUAAGUGUAGUCCAUUAUGUGUAAUGCUCCUCUUGUGCGUAAGACUGAGCAAGGGGUCCCCAAAUGCCGGUGUGUAAUUUUAUUAUUGAGCACUUUAGAAUAAGAUUUCUUCUUGUAAUGAUGGCCUGCCUUUUGAUUUUGUCUAAGUUGCGUUGCAUAUUUAUUGUUACAUGUGUACUGGAGUUGGAAUGUGCCGAAUUUACGAAUGCUUUAGGUGUAUCAAUUAUAUCUGAUUUGAAAUUGUAAUUACGAUACAGCUUAUGAAGACGAUCUGUAAAGUGUUUUACUUUUUUUUUAAAUCGAAUUUAACUUAUGAAUAAAAAUUUUGGACCAAAACGAAUAGCUAAAAGCCAUAAAAAUUGGUUGUACAUUAUUUGAAUACAAAUCCUAUCAUCUUAAUGUUAUAAAAUAAUGUUCAGAUAUUUUCAUUGAUCCCACUUGGCUGUUUUUAAUGAUUCAAAACAAGCGAACUUCAGGGCUUCAUUUAAGGCCAAAAACUAGGUAAAUGUUUGCCAAUAUCCGAUACUUCUCGAAUAUCGCGUAAAUUUCGUGGCUACGUCCAGCCCGUUUACGGCUACCGCGAACCGAAGGUUGGAGACCGCUGGCCACAUACGAGCCGUCGUAACAUUUAAUAACGUAUCAAUUUUUAUCACAUUUUUCCAAUUUCAGUGUAGAUAUAAUAAACUGUUAAAAUGUAAAUUAGUUUGUGUACUGAAUAGUAAACGUUCCUGAUAUAGUUAUUAUUGUCUGAACAACUGUGAGUGAAUAUGAGAUAAUUUUAUUACUAAUUUUAGAAUGCAGCUUUUUGUGUAUUACCUUAAAUGCUCCUGUGCCAAUAAUGGGUCAUUAAAAAAUGAAUUUAUCAUUAAAAAAAGUAUAUAUCGAUGUAUAUGUGUCUACUAUUAAUGAGGAUUGAUUCUGAUAUUGUACGAUUAUUAAAUAUGUAAUCCUAAUUUAUUUUUAACGUUUUACACUGUUUUUAACAAUGAGAGUUUAAAAAUGAAGCAUAUUUGUUUUCUAUUGAAUCAUUAAGUAAUACUUGGGCGUUUAUGAUAGAUAUAUAUCUAUUUUUUUAAUAAGUUUCGAAUAUUUACGAGUUUAUCAUGACAGCGCUACACCGUAGCGUCUUCAUCGCAUCUGUUGUGACAAAAGCAACAUUACUAAUAGACAUUUUAGUUUUCAGUCGAUAGCAAUAUUAAAACAUUAUUUCUAGUCUCAAACAAUUAUAUUCGGUGCAAUGAAAUAUAUCGAAGUAAAGACUUAACAACUAAAUUAUACGAAAUAGCUUUACAAAUUCAAACAAUAUGUGCAAUUGAUUAAAAAUAUUCAUAUACACAACUGAUCUUUUUUCCAAUGAGCACUCGGCGGUCUAUCUUAGAUUUUAAACAUGCAGUAUGCUUAUCAUUAUUUUUAUAUGAGCGGAUCAUUAUUUAAGUUAUGUUUAAUAUUAGUUUUAAGUUCCAUGGCUGUAUUAAAAAGUGUUUCCCAAUGACUAUAAUUAUGAAUAUAUAUUCACUACGAUAGCUGUAAUUUAUUGUGAAAAAAUUAUGACAUUUAUUUAUAAUAAUAUAUUACCAGACCGGUUAUUUAUAUAAAAAGAUAUUUUUAAAUAUUUUAAAAUUGAUAAUUUUAAAACGAAAUGAAUAAUUAUUUUCAAGUUACAGCUCUUGUAGAGGAUAAUUAAUUUCGUUUAACCUAUUAUUUGAAAUGUAAAUAAACAACUGGAUAUAAUGGAUGAAGCGAAUGCUAAGAUCAAAGGAAAUGAAAUAGAGCAUUAUCCAUUAUAGUCAGAUUCCUAAGUUGUUGAAGUGGAUGUGUGUAUGACUAAUAAAAUAAUCCUUUAUUUUGGUAACAAAUUGGUGUUAUGAAAAUUUUGUGAAUAAAAUAUGGUGUCAUUCUGAA